AUGGUGAUUAAUCUGAUGGAAGCCCAAUUGCGUGAUGCAGCCCAAUCCAUGGAGGCCCAAAUGGAGAAGAAAAUGUCAUCUUCUUCCCAAUCAACUUCCGUUUCCUCUGGCAAUAUUAUCAACAAGGUGGUUAGACAUGUUAUCAUUUGCAAGAUGGAGUGGUCGUAG